AUGAUGCGAUCACCAUUCAGAUUUGUAGUAACAAUAUGUUUCGUAUCAAUAUAUCUAGUACAAAACGGUUCGUCUCAAAAUGUAGUUGAUGUUAAAGUACAAAAUCUUUUUAAAAUGCAACAUGGCUUGGGAUGGCCACAUACACUUCGUGUGGCUCAAGGGAACGAGGCACUACUUAAACUUGAUAGAAUAUUGGAAAACCAAAAUUCUUGUGAUAUUACAACACCAUCAGGACUAAGUUUUAAUGUCAACACUCCGCCGAAUAGUAGGUACUCAAAAUGGACCGAUGGAUGCGGGGUGAGAGUACGAAAUGUCUCAAUGAAUGAUGAAGGGAGAUGGCGAUUAACCGCCAAUGGUUCAAACAAACUUACAGGAUGGACGGAAUUAUUUGUUGAAGAAUCUAAGACAUCGUAUACCGCAUCUCCGAUAUCCCUUCAGGACGGCCAAACGGAGGCGAGGAUCGAAUUGACCACUUUAGAGAAUUCGUAUUGUCUGGUAAAGAAACCUUUCGCGGAGAGUUCAUUGGUACCUGGACACUGUAGUGUGACGCUUGAUCGAACGACCAGAGCGAUACAAGGCGUGUGGAACGUACAGUUGGGUCUGCCCGGUCAAAUCGCUGAGUUGGAACUACAACGACAAAUUACAGUUGAAACUGAACGCCUGGACGUUGGUUACGUAACAGACAAGAAUGAAGAUAAGAUGCAUUUAUAUUGUAAUAUUCUCCACACAUCCAAGAACAUCACGUUUUGUCGGUUCCAGAAAUCAUCGCAAAGUAUUGGUUACAAUGUUGUGGAUGGUCUCAGUGAUGGGCGGCACAGCUAUUACGGAGAAGGUUUUUCAAAGAAGCAAUGUGGAAUAACAAUUGAAAAACCAACAGCUGUAGACUAUGGCACCUGGCGGUGCUCUGUCGGUGUUCAGAUGUGGGUGGGAACGACAAUUAGAUCCCAACCUCCGAUGCAGGCUCUUAUAAGUGUUGCACCUAACACGAGAAGUUCCAGAAUUACUCGCGAGUUACAGAACUCGGAGUUAGAGGACAUAAGGACUAUAUUUGUUCAAGAGAAUAUGACUUUUACCAUCAUGUGCCGAGCCAACGUGUCCCUCUCCUACUGUUGGUUCCAGCAUCCGAAUGGAACUCAGUACACUCCGGGUAGACUGGAAUCUAAUGACCAAUUGUUCUGGUAUACGGGAGAAAAUCUCCAAGUUGGAGAUUGCGGGAUUAGUUUCUCGCAUGUCACCUCUGACGAUGCGGGGAAAUGGACUUGUCACAUGGGUCCUAGAGAACAAUUGGGCGUAGAAAUAAUAGACAGCGUUCUUUUAAGAGUGACCGGGCCUCUGGCCGCUAAUAAGAAAGAAGUUGGAUCACAUAUUGGCGGUUCAGUAACUUUGUUCUGCCACACAGCUAAUGGAAACAGACCUUUAGAUUAUUGUAGAUUCCUAUCACCAAACUUUGUCGGGAUACGGCUUGACCAGACGGUGACUGAAAGUAGUGCAAUAUUUAAUCGCUACUAUUUCACACCGAAUCGUAGUCUUAACUACGGAGACUGCUCGUUGACUAUAAAUCCUGUCCACGAGGAUGACUUCGGAGAAUGGACUUGUGCCGCUUUGAUAAGCGAAGAAAUCUUAGAAGCUCGGGAUCUUAUCACUGUAUAUGCUAGUGUGGUAUCGGCGCCGCGGUUCACAGCUGGUAUAAUUGGCAUGUCAGUAGGCGUUGUUGGCCUAUUGGUGGUUCUCGCCGGAGUGUUGUGGUACAGACGAUAUCGACCGAAGUUCCCAUGGAGGAGGGCACCCGCCCCAAGCUCAGUAGACAACUUCUCAAUGAACACACGCACAUCGAACGCAGGUUCAGUUGAAAGUGAUAAAAGCAAUUAGGUGAAAGUUUGAUGUUUGUUCGGCCUUUUGUAAUCUGGGUGUUGGACAAUUGUUAUUUAAGUAUGGCGAAAUAAAAAUUCUAUAAAUCCUAUUGUAUAAA